UGUGUCCGCUAUGGAGGGGCUGCUGUUGCUGCUCGUCCGCAGCCCCACGCAGCGGCACCCCGACCUCCGCCUCCGCGCCGCCCCCGCGUGGACCGUGCGCCGCCUCAAGGCCGAGCUGCGCCGUCUCGUCCCCGGGGCACCGCCUGAAGAGGACCAAAAGCUGAUUUAUUCUGGGAAGCUCCUGCUUGAUCAUCAAUAUCUGAGAGAAAUCCUGCCAAAGCACGGGGAAUUGCAUGCUCUUCAUUUGGUAUACAAUUUCAAGACUCCUGCAAGUGUGCAAGAAACCAGUGCAGAGGUGAAAGCUGAUCAGCCAAAGUUACCGUCAGAAGCUAGUCAAGAACUGUCCACAUCUUCCUCAAAUGGUGAAAGACUGAGAUGCCCUUCUGGUGGCCAGUCAUCAGCAGAAGCCAGUAACAGGCUGGAGACGACUUGGCAUCCCUUCCAAAGUGUGGCUCCUGGCUUCUUUGCUUAUACGACCUACAGCAUGCUUCAGAUGUCCUGGCUUCAACAGAUUUAUGCAAGACAGUAUUACAUGCAAUACUUGGCUUCAACUGCUGCACCUGCUAACCCCUCCCAUGCACGGCGUUCUCAGGAGAUACCAGUGGCCCCAGUGACACCCCCAGCUCCUCUCCCAGACCCAUUUCCUGCACAAAAUCAGCCUGGAAACCAGAAUGCUGCUGCCCAGGGGAAUGCAGUGGCCAACCAGAACUUGCGGAUGAAUGCCCAAGGGGGUCCCCUCAUGGAGGAAGAGGAGGAGGGUGGCAAUCGGGAUUGGUUGGACUGGCUCUACUCAGCAACGCUGUUCUAUGUUUUUGUCAACAUUAUCUACUUCUACUCCAGUGUCAGCAGAUUCCUCCUGGUUAUGGGUGGCACUGUGCUGAUGUAUCUGCACCAUGUUGGAUGGCUUCCUUUUAGACGGAGACCAGUUCAGCCCUUCCCAGGCAAUGUUGCUCCUCAAGCAGCUAUAAACCAGGACCAGAACAAUAACUUACAGGGGGAAAACGCACACAGAGCAGAUGAAUCUGAGGUACCUCCUGAUGAGGGACAAGUUUCACAAGAACUGCAGCAGGCCAACCCCUCAUUCAUGAGCACAGCAUGGGUUUUUUUCAAGACUUUCUUUUCAUCCCUCCUUCCAGAAGGUCCCAGAGUGACUCACAACUGACUUGUCACCAGUCUACUUGUCCAACUGCAAUGGGAUUUAGUCUGCCUGAGUGCUUCAGGUGGCUUCAGGUGCCAACUCUGAACCAGGAGUGAAAGUGGAUGGUGCUUCCUCUGGCUCUCACUGCCCAGGCAAAUGAAGCUGCAAGAAGCCUUAAGUCAUUACAGCCUGGAGACUGAGAUGUUUGCCCUUGUUCCCAAGAACUCUGCUCUGUAGUGUUUAUUAGGUACCCAUGUAGAGACUCGACCUUGUAAACUUGUGCUCUAAAUGCAUGGGCUCUAAGCAGGUGUGCAAAAAUGUUAGAGAAGCAAAUUGCUUCUUUGCAAUGUGAUUCCUGUUGGAAUGGUUCAAAUGCUAUUUAAAUUACACUGAGUGUAGGAUCUCAAAAAAAAAAAAUUGCUAGAUAUGCAUUAGCAGAUUUUUAGGAAAGAUCUAUUGUUAAAUUGCUUCAACAGUAGUUUAAAUCUUCUGUCUGAAAAUUUCCUAUGAAGGAUGUAUGGUGCCAUUUCCUUGUUGGACAAAGGGGAGAACUGUAAGACAGUGACCUCUUGAUAAGCCAUUACCUCAGUGGCAUUGCAGGCUAAAUUUCGUGUUGCCAAAUUCAGGUAGUUUAAACUCAAGGCUUAAUUUCCCCCCCUCCCCCCCCACCUAAUCAUGGGAGAAGAGUUAAAUGUGUUCAGCUCUAUCUAGCAAGAAUUUAUGCAAGAUGUAAACCUCACUGCUUUUGGAUGCAAAAUUAAAGCAGUCUAAUGUCUCUGUUCAACUUUGAAUUCUCACUUGAGAGUAACUCUUAUAUUAUUUCAUUGUGUUCCCUUUAAUUUCUGAUACAAUUAAGGGCUUUGAUUGCAAUAAAAUUUGCAGGCAUUUAUAUUCA